AUGUCAUUAGAACUUGAUCGUCCACGAGCAAACAUAGGUCAUGGAGAUAGAAAAGAGUUUGUUCCUAGGAAGUUGCCUUCGGUUCAUCUUGGUGUUGAGGAGACAGGUACAGUGAGCACUGAGAUAGGGAACUUGAUAAGGUGGAGGAAGAACUUUGGGAAUGUUGUCCUUGUUAUGUUUUGUAAUGGUCCUGUUGAACGCACAGCCCUUGAGUGGAGGUUGCUUUACGGUAGAGUGUUCAAGACCGUUGUGAUAUUGUCUUCUCAGAAGAACUCAGAUCUCUAUGUUGAAGAAGCCAAAAUAGAUCACAUCUACAAACAUCUACCAAAGAUAUUCAAUCGAUACAGCAGCGCAGAAGGGUUUCUGUUUGUUGAGGAUGAUACAGUCCUCAACUACUGGAAUCUACUUCAAGCUGACAAGACUAAGAUUUGGACUACAGACAAGGUAUCAAAGUCAUGGACAUCAGUGAAACCAACCGGGAAGUCUGAUUGGUUCUCUGUACAAGCAGAGUUAGUGAAGAGAACUGUAAGUACAAUGCCUGCUCAUUUCCAAGUUAACUACAAGGAAGCAGCCAAGAACAAUCUUGACGCCUUGACAGUAUGUAGUUCAGAGGUAUUCUACGUGCCUAAACGACUUGUAACAGACUUUAUCGACCUUGUUGAACUCGUGGGGGAUAUGGACUUGCAUUACAAAGUGGCUGUACCAAUGUUCUUCAUGUCCAUGGAUUCACCUCAGAACUUUGACCCGGUUCUUGGUUCAAUGGUAUAUAAGAAGAAGUCCUCUUCUUUCAAUUCAUCUUUGAGCUUGUAUUCUGCUCAAGCACCUGCUGUACACCCGUGGAGCAUAUCUAGUGAACAAGAUUUCAUUAAACUGGUUGGGAAAAUGGCUGAAGGUGACCCGUUACUAAUGGAGUUGGUAUGA